GGUUCAUUGUCCUCAAGCCGGCGCCAAAUUCGGGGCCGCACUGUCGCCGAGCCGCCGCAAAACGAUUCUUGUAGUCGGUAGCAACCAAGGCCGUUGGACGUACGGCAAUGCCGCGGAAGUACUGGAAGCCGAGGGGAGGCCCUGGAUGUGUGGCGCCCGCGCCGGAGCUUCACUGGAAGGCCCUAAACCCUAACCCCGUCCCCGCGGAGGCCCCCGAGUGCUCCCGCUCCCGCGCCGCCGAGGUGUCCGACGACGACGCCUUUGUGGACGUCCCCGCCACCGCUGAGGAUGCUCUCGUGGAGGAAGAAAUAGCAAGGAAGCUGGCGGGGAUUCACAUGGAGUUGAGUCAGGAGGAGCUGCGCGCUAACCAUCAGAUGCAGGAGGACGAGAUAUUUGCCUUGGAAGCAAUUUUCGGAGACAGCAUAGUCAUUUUAAACAAAAAAGAAGGUCGACGGUCUUUCCAGGUUCAUGUGCAUAUUGAGAUACCGGAUGAUGGUAUAGAUGUCUCGGCAAGGCUCGACUAUGGUACCGGAACAUUAAAUUAUGGGGAAACAUGUGAUGGCAAUGCCUCGGAUAAUCUUGUUUACAAGUUUAGGGUUGAGCAUUUGCCUCCAAUCCUGCUAACAUGCCACCUGCCUUCGUCUUACCCGAGUCAUCAACCUCCCUCUUUCACUAUCUCCACCGAAUGGCUGGACACAGUGAAGAUUUCAUCAUUAUGUCAAAUGCUUGAUAUGAUUUGGGAAGAGCAACAGGGCAUGGAAGUAAUAUAUCAGUGGGUUCAGUGGCUCCAAAACUCUUUACUUUCUCACCUAGGGUUUACUGAUGAGAUAAUUUUAAGCAAGGGUGAUCUAACCUGUCAUGAAGAUGGUGGGGAUAAGCGUGCUUGUCGAGAUGAUUCCGCACCUGAUGUUAUAAUUACAAGGAUUAUGAGAUACGAUGAUGAUAAGCGUCAUGAAGCCUUCUUACAUGAUAUUCAUGACUGCAUGAUAUGCUUCAGCGAGUUUCCUGGUGUCGAUUUUGUCACACUUCCAUGCCAUCAUUUCUUUUGCCGGAAAUGCAUUCAAACAUACUGCAAAAUACAUGUCAAGGAAGGAACUGUAUUGAAGUUGACGUGUCCUGAUACAAAAUGCGAAGGUGUUGUUUCUCCUUACAUAUUGAAAACACUUCUGGCGGAGGAUGAGUAUGAACGUUGGGAAAAACUGCUUCUUCAGAGAACUCUCGAUGCCAUGAAUGAUUUAGUUUAUUGUCCAAGGUGCGAAACUGCUUGCUUGGAGGAUGAAAGUAACGAUGCUGUGUGUCCAAGUUGUCUAUUCAGCUUCUGCACACUUUGUACAUCUCACCGUCAUGUGGGGAAACAAUGUAUGACCGCAGAGGAAAAAAUUCGAAAGUUGGAGGAACGGCUAAAAUCUAGGCAGGAACGCGGCGACCAGAAUUUGACAGAUGAAGUACUCAGCCUCCAGGCAAUUAUGAGGGAUGCAAAACAGUGCCCACGAUGCAAGAUCGCUAUAUAUAAGAUAUCGGGGUGCAAUAAGAUGACGUGUUCGAACUGCGGGCAUUACUUCUGCUACCAAUGUAACUUUGCAAUUGUUGGAUAUGAGCAUUUCAGACCGGGUGCAUGCGAUCUUUUUUCCCGGGAGGAAAUACUUAGAUGGGAAGCGCGAAUGAAUCCAGGGAGGGGGCGUGUAGAGGACGCUCCAGCUCCUGCCCCAUUGCCUCAAGGACGAUAUCGUCACCCUUGUCCUACAUGUGGUAAAGGAACUCCAAAGAUUGGAAACAAUAACCACAUCUCCUGUGGGUCAUGCCAAACAGGGUUCUGUGCAUUGUGCCGGAAGACUGUCCACAAAACUUCACAGCAUUUUGGUCCCAAGGGAUGCAAGCAACAUACUGCAGAUCGCGACUGACACCGCGAUAUGGGCCAGAGGCCGGCGUUAUCCCCUUUUCGGGAGGGAAAAAAACGGCCAUAUGCCCAGCACCUCAACGCAACUACAGUUUCCAAAGGUUCUGCUCAUGAUCUGCAUAUAUAUACCGUGCCCAUAUAAGGAUACAGCCACGGCGUUUCCUGCAUUUUGCAGGGAGCUUGAUUUUCAAGUCCCCGGCUUCUUGUACCGUAGUGAAGAUCGACUGCGAAGUAGGAUAUUACAAAGGACUGAUGAGGAAUUAUAUCAAGAAUGUCAAUUUCUUGUUACUUGUCAGGUUUUCCGUUGCUUUGUUUGCUUCCUCUCUUGUAUUUUCUGCACACUGCGAGGUGUCAUCGUUGGGCUACCCACUUACGCCCCGUUUGUUUGCGGUCGAGCGUGAGGACGCAGGUGCUCGCUAUCACGGGCUCUGCCGAUUGUCAUGACCUCUACUGGAUUGAGGUGAUUUCAAGGGAUAUGCCCGCUUACAAACUCUCUGUACGAGAGUGAUGUACUGCUGUCCCAUUACUAUGAUUCACAUAGUCAAAUCAAAGAUUGCACCUCUAAUUAC